AGGAGAGUGAUAUCGGCCAAUGUGAUCUCUGUCUUCGAUUUGACCGAGUCGUUUGAGGCCUACUCUGCUCUAAGGAUCAAGUUUUUCCAUCGCUCGCUGCUGCUGCCUCUGAUCGCUUCGUCCAUUCUAAUUUUUUGAGGAUUCUUAGUUUUCUUUCUGCGAACACCCCCCCCCCCCCCCCAGCCACCAUCGAUCUGUUCUGAACAGACUCCCCGGUUUCUGGCAGCGGGCGGUGGGCCGCAGUCUCCAGCCGCUCGAUGCGCUCUGCUGGGAUUUGAUUUCAGGGCUUUUCGAUUUUUUUUGUGGAGCAAAAUUGAUUCUGUGACAUAUCGCCGGGCAUGAUUUUUUUAGUAAACACUUGUAAUUCUAAUUUCUUCGGACAUUGUUCUGGAAAAACAACUUCCCUUUCGGCGGGGAAGGGGGCUGCUUGCCUCCACUGACCGAGAGAGGGCUGCUGUAGAGCGGUCUCUGAUGUCCGCGCUGUCCGCUAGACUUGUUGUUUAGUGCGGGGCCACCAAGGUGCUGAAACUACUACGACACGUAGGCUACAGGACGCUCGCCUUAUCCUCUCAGGUUUAAACCAUGGCAAAUGAACCUGUGAUCCUUAAUGUGUAUGACAUGUACUGGAUCAACGAGUAUACCUCUAACCUGGGCAUUGGGGUCUUCCACUCCGGCAUCGAGAUCUACGGCCGAGAGUUCGCGUACGGCGGGCAUCCGUACCCGUUCAGCGGUAUCUUCGAGAUAAAUCCCGGGAACGCCAGCGAGCUGGGAGAGACCUUCAAGUUCAAGGAGGCCAUAGCGCUCGGCACGACGGACUUCGCCGAGGAAGACAUGGACAAGAUCAUGGAGGAGCUGGGGAAGGAGUUCAAGGGGAACGCCUACCACCUCAUGCACAAGAACUGCAACCACUUCUCGUCCUCCCUCUCCGAGCUGCUGUGCGGGCGCGAGGUUCCCCGCUGGGUGAACCGGCUGGCCUACUUCAGCUCCUGCAUCCCCUUCCUCCAGAGCUGCCUGCCCAAGGAGUGGCUGACCCCGGCCGCGCUGCAGAGCCACAUCAGCAUGGGCCUGCACAAGGACGGCCACGGCGACCCCAGCGACGAGGACCGCUCCUCGCCGUCGUCGCCCACGGGCGCCGGCGGCAGCGGCACCGCCUCGGGCUCGGGCUCCGGUUCGGGCUCGGGCUCGGGCUCCUCCCACAGCUGCCGCCACACGCGCGUCUGA